GCACCUCCACGACGCUCUUUCACUGUUUGUACCCUGGCGAUCAUUCAUUCCUGCACGAUCGACCGACUCCCGACGCUGUCGCAAGGCAACAAGCCUCUUUGUCGUUUUUGCAGCCAGCAAAUACCCGCCCUGGCUCGACCGCCGCCGACGCCGGUUUCCCAACCUCAUGAUGGCGAACGCAACGAUCGCGUCCGAUCUGCCGCCGCUUCCGGUCUACGAGGUUCGGCCAAUGCCCGAUCUCCUGCCCUUCAUAUCCGACUUUUGGUUGUCGACCAUCAUACCACACGUCGCCUACUGGAUCGUGUCUCUGAUCUUCCACGUUAUCGAUAUCAACGACCUGUUUCCGCAAUACCGGCUGCACACGCCCGAGGAGAUUACCCAACGCAACUUGGCGUCGCGCUACGAAGUGGCCCGGGAUGUCAUUAUCGAGCAGAUUAUCCAGAUGACCUCGUCCGCGAUUCUCUCGAUGACAGAGCCGCGGCAAAUGACGGGGAUGGAGGAUUACGAAGUCGCGGUCUGGGCCACACGUAUCCGGCUGGCCCAGCGCGCACUGCCGACGAUCCUGGCGGCACUCGGGCUCAACGCCGCUGCCAUCUCUAAGAACAUGGCUGCGUCCCACCCAUUUAUCGCGGGCGCUCUGGCGGGCGGGCACUACCCGUUCCUCACGACGACGCUCGACGACGUUACCGGGACCGCGGUUCCCGCGUUCGCCACGUGGGAGCUGUUGCUCGCCAAGGCCAUUUACUGGGUAAUCAUUCCCGCGUUUCAGUUCUGGGUUGCCACUUGCGUCCUCGACACCUGGCAGUACUUCUGGCACCGCGCAAUGCAUGUGAAUAAGUGGAUGUACACCCACUGGCACGCCCGCCACCACCGCCUCUACGUUCCCUAUGCCUACGGCGCGCUCUACAACCACCCGGUCGAGGGCUUCGUGCUCGACACGCUAGGCGCGGGCAUCGCGUACAAGGUUGCGAGGCUCACCCCACGCAGCGGGAUGGUAUUCUUCGUGUUCGGCGCCCUGAAGACGGUCGAUGACCAUUGCGGUUACGCCCUGCCGUGGGACCCCCUUCAGCGCAUCACGAGCAACAACGCGGCAUACCACGACAUUCACCACCAGAGCUGGGGCAUCAAGACCAACUUCUCGCAGCCGUUCUUUACCAUGUGGGACCGGUUGCUGGGAACCAUGUGGAAGGGAGAUACGACGCUCAAGUACGAGCGGGCUCGGGCCGCUGCUGCAGGUAAAGCCUUGAAGAAGCAGGCAGGAACGGGUGUCAGCAAGCGAGUAAACGGCAAGGCUGAAGCGAAGAGUGAUGCCAAGUAAUUUUGGAUUCGUCUCUCUGUUCAAGAUUCGGGGAGCCAUUCGGUGCCACUUGGCUGGGCCGGAUGUGAGACACGGAAGGGCUCCCAUCCUGUAUAGUGUUCUCUGUCUUGGGAAGACACGACAGACGAGAGCUGAUUUUGGAUGCGCUACCGAGAACUGGUUUUGACAGAAACAUCGGCGAAACGAGGUCAGGUAUCGAGCAGGGGAGAAGGGGGCGGGGCGUUCUGCGUUGCGUUGGCUUUCUUCGGUUUGCAACAUCACACAAUUACUCCUCUCCUUCUUCGAUCCCGUUUUACCCCCUUUCCCCUCGACGAGACUCGAGCGCAACUGGGGGCUGGAAAGCAGUUCUCCAUCUCGGCAUUGCGAAAGACGAAAGACAUCAAGAACGCCACGUACAUAUGGGCACCUCAGUGUCAGGAUGAAACCCGGGGAGAUGACGAUGAUGUACGGCUGCAUCUCCUAACCUGUAUAUGAGGAUGGGAGGAGAGUAAUCAGGUCAUGACCAAGUGAAAGGAGCGUCGCAGGGCGGGUGGGAGGUGACUAAUGCUCGCUUACUUUUUGCACCCAAGUUGCACUAAUGCUCAAACCAUCAAUACUUAAUGAUAAUACUAUUCUUAUUCUUGCCUUG